CUGCUGAAGCUCCCGCUACCGAAGAAACCCCAGCCGUUGCUGAAGAACCUACCGCCGAGAUUGCAGAACAGCCAGAAGCUAAGGAGGAGCUUGCUGGGGAAGAGACUACUGCAUCCGAAGAGGCCCCCGCUGCCGAGGAAAAGACAGCUACUGAGGCUGCCGUUGUGGAAGAGCCAGCUGCUGAGGAAGAACAGGCUGCUGAAAAGGAGGCCCCUGCUGUGGAAGAGCCGGCUGCUGAAGAAAAACAGGCUGCUGAAGAGGAACCGGCUGUUGAAGAGGCCCCCGUUGCUGAGGAAAAGACGGCUACUGAGGCCCCUGUUGUAGAACAGCCAGCUGCUGAAGAAAAACCGGCUGCUGAAGAAGAACAGGCUACGGAAGAGGAACCGGCUGCUGAAGAAGAACCGGCUGUUGAGGAAAAGACAGCUACUGAGGCUGCCGUUAUGGAAGAGCCAGCUGCUGAGGAAGAACAGGCUGCUGAAAAGGAGGCCCCUGCCGCUGAGGUAAAGACAGAUGCCGAGGCCCCUGUUGUAGAAGAGCCAGCUGCUGAAGAGAAACCGGCUGCUGAACAGGAACAGGCUAGGGAAGAGGAACCGGCUGCAUCAGAAGAGGCCCCCGCUGCUGAGGAAGAGAUAGCUACCGAGGCCCCUGUUGUGGAAGAGUCUGCUGCUGCUGAAGAACUGGCCCCCGCUGCCGAGGAAAAGACAGCUGUGGAAGAGCCUGCUGCUGAAGAGGCCUCUGCCGAAGAGCCCGCUACUGAAGCACUUGCUGCAGCAGAAACCUCCACGGAAGAACCAGCACCUGAAGCCCCCGCCGCUGCAGAAGAGACACCCGCCACUGAAACGCCAGCUGUUGAAGAACAAGCUACCGAAGAGGCUCCUGUUAUAGAAGAGGCUGCUACUACCGAUGCGACCCCAGCCAGUGAAGAUCCAGCCGAGAAAGAACCAGUUUCUGAAGAAGUACCAGCUGCCGAAGAGGCUUCUAGUGAAGAGCCUGCUGGUGAAAACUCUACGGCUGAGGAGACCGUUGCUGAGGAGCCUGUUGCCGAAGAAUCAGUUGCUGAAGAAGCUCCUGUUGAAGAGCCUGUCGCUAAGGAGCCUGCUACGGAAGAACAUGCGACGGAGGAGCCUGCUGCUGUCGAGGAGGUCGCUGCUGUUGAAGAGCCUGCCGCUACGGAAGAACCAGCCGCUGAGGAGCCCGUUGCUGAGGAACCUAUUGCUGCUGCAGAGACUACUGCAGAGGAGCCUGCCGCUGAGGAGGCUGUCGCUGAAGAGCCUGCUACGGAAGAACCAGCUGUUGAGGAGGCUGUCGCUGCUGAAGAACCAGGUGCUCAGGAGAUCACUGCUGAAGAGCCUGCUGCUGAGGAGGCAUCAGUUGCGGAAGAGCCAGUUACCGAAGAACCAGCAGUCACGGAGGAAACAACACCUGCUGUUGAACAGGCCCCUGCCAGCGAAGAGCCAGUUGCUGUUGAAGAAAAAGCAGAAGAAGCAGCUCCUGUGCCCGAAGAACCUGCCGCUGAAGAUGCAGUAGCAAAGGAAGUCUCUACCGGGGAAGUCCCUGUUGAAGAAACUGCCGCCGUCGAAGUCCCGGCUGAGGAAGCUCCUGUCUCCGCGGAAGCCCCUACUGCUGAAGCUCCUGCCGAGGAAGUUGCCACCGUUGAGGAAGCUGAUGAACAAGUUCCUGUUGCUGAAGAAAAAGUAGCCGAGGACCCAGCAGCCGAGGAGGUCUCCUUGGUAGAAGAGACUGCCCAUGUUGAGGAGACUACCGUUAUAGAAGAAGCCCCGGAGGAAGCUGCUACGGAAGAGGUCCCCGCCGUUGAGGACGCUCCAGCCCCGGUAGAAGCCGUCGCUGAGGUUCCAGCCACUGAAGAGCCGGCUGUUGAGGAAGCGCCUAUCAAGGAAGCUCCUGUCGAAGAGGCACCUGUUGAAGAAGCGCCUGUGGAAGAGGCUCCCGCUGAGGAGGCACCGGCUGAGGAAGCUCCUAUCGAGGAGGCACCGGCUGAGGAAGCGCCUGUCGAGGAGGCUCCCGCUGAGGAAGCUCCUGUUGAAGGAACAGCUGUGGAAGAGACACCUGUUGAGGAGGCACCCGUUGAGGAAGCGCCUGUCGAGGAGGCUCGCGCCGAGGAAGCUCCGGUUGAAGGAACAGCUGUGGAAGAGGCACCUGAAGUCGACACAGAACACAAGGAGGAAAUAGCAGCGUCAGUAGCGGCGGCUGUGGCUGCAGGAGCUGCAGUCAUUGGUGUUAAUGGUAUCCAUCAUGCUUUCGAGCAGGAAAAGGCGGUUGAAGAGCCUGCUGAAGUCAAGGCCGUACCGGCGGAGCAUGCUACCGUUGCGAAGGAUGAACCUAUCCAGGAACUCAAAGAGAAGGUCAUUACACCGGAGUCUGCUGAGAACACCGAGGCUGUUGCUGUUGUCCUCGAUGCGGCACCGGCUUCAUCUUCCGAGGCAAAACCUGCCGUUGCUGAGAUAGUCGAGAACGGAAUCACUCCAUCUAAAACAACCGUCAAUGGAACUAAGCAACAAGAGCCAUAUAUGGCUGCAGAGCCACCGACCCCUGAGCCCGAGGCUGACCCCGCUCUCAAAGCGCUCCUCCAGGAACGCGAGGCUCUUCUCAGGAAACUCGAUCAGCCCUCCACUGAUCAGCUAUCCAGACUAUCUGUUGCAGGAGAAUCAAUCAAACCUUCUGAAGAACCAGCAGAUGCUGCUCCGUCUACCGAGACGGCGCCGGCAGCUCAGCAGCAGUCGACAGGCCAGAAUUUGGAGGCUCCUUCUGCAGACAAUGCUAAAUCUAGGUCUCCUAGCGCUGACCGAUCUGUUGCUGCCGUCUCAUUUACUAAGAGCGAUAGCUGGCUGAAGGCGAUCUUGAGAUCGAUCGUUUUCAACUUCUUUGGUACUAUCUUCGCGCCGUUCCGCCGGCGUCGAGGAAAUGCCUCCCAGAUGUCCCUAUUAGUUGUGGCUAUUAUCUCUGUUGCUGUCCCCUUGACAGCAGUUGUGUGGCGAGCAUACCUGUGAUGAGUAUUCGACGUCGCACAAGUUGUAUUAACCCCCUCAAAUUCCCCUGUAUUGAGUACGUGCUCUAUUUAUUUUUCAUUUUGUGUGUUUUCUUUUGUCAAUAAUCCAGAAUGAUACCUCAGAACAUAGCGGAAUGCCUCCUCUCUCAAUCUGGAAUAUAAUAUAAUGAUACCAUAGCUCAUUCAUUUUCAAGACAUCCCCGUUUCAAUGAACCCAUUCAGAAUAGAGAUAGCUCGGCGCUAUUAGUCCUGAUGCUGAGCUCCCUCGAAUUGUGGUUGCUGAUCUCCGUACCCAGAGGCCCAUAAUUCUGCUUGAUAUCGGGACCUCCCGGUAUAGUUCGCCCAUACUUUGAUAUUGGUUGCAGUCCAACAGCCUCUGCAGAAUCAGAUAUUAAUGUCUAUAUGCUGUCGUGCAAUACUUAUAUGAUCUCUGAUACAGCGC